CCCGCGCCACGCGGGCUGCCGCAGAAUACGAUUAGCACCGAAUAACAGCACACGUGAGCCAAGGCGGUAGUCCGUUAUUCGAUCUCGGCGUUAUUCCCCUGCCUUCCCUGUAAAGCAUGGAGGAAACUCGGAGAGACGGGAGGCGGGCCAACCAGAUCCGCCCUCUCGCGGCAGAGCAGGGCAUCCUCAACAGAGCGGACGGCUCCGCUCGCUUCGUGCAGGGCAACACCUCCGUCCUCGCCGCCGUCUACGGGCCGGCCCCGGCUAAGGCGUUGAGGAUGGAGAGGCCAGAGGGUGCAACGUUAGAUGUGAGCUUCAAGCCGGAGAGCGGGAUAACGUUACCCGCCGAUGCGGAAUCGGCAGCGCUGCUGCGGAGGUCGCUGGAGGAGGUGGUGCUGAGGUCGAGAUAUCCUAGGACCGUGGUGUCAGUUAUCAUUCAGGUGAUCGUUGACGACGGGGCUGUUCUGAGCGCUGCUCUGAACGCUGCUACGAUGGCCCUCCUCAACGCCGGGGUAGAGAUGACGGGCAUGGCCCUCUCGGUCACCUGCUGCAUCACCGCGGCGGUCUCUGGCCGGUCCGUGCUCUUGGACCCAUGCAAGGCUGAGGAGAUUGAUGCAGCCGCCACCGCCGUCGUCGCCACUCUCUCCGCCGGUGGUGGAGUCCUGUCAUGCCGCGCCGUCGGUUCGAUGAGCCAGGAGGAGUAUUUCGCGUGCUGCGAGGCGGCGUCGCUGGGCACGACGGCCGUGCGAUCGUUCGUGAGGCUAUCCGCAGAGCAGAAGGUCAACCGCGAAGCAGAAACUCUGAGAUGACGAUGGGAGCCUGAGCGUGAAUGGAGCCUUUUGCAGCGUACUGUGGAAUCGAGGGCGCCUUCCUGCAUGUUGACUAUCGUCGACGAAUCCACCUGGCCGCUGCUGUCGCACGCGCGAAGAUGAACUUGCCGGGUAUGUGCGUGGACCAGCGUAACAGGCAUUCGCUCUACCAUUGUGACAGCUGUGCAGCGCGUGUCACCCGGCGCUGGAAAGGUGUGGCGUGGCGUUGAAGUCGAGCAUGACUGCUGCAAGUGUUCGUUUGGGCUUACGAUGAAAAUUGACGCGAAGAACCGAGUCUCAUGAUUCAAAAUCGGCGGUCGUCAUUCGUGAGCGAAUCUUUAGGCUGUUGCACAAAAGUUUUCAGGUUCACCCAUAUGAUUAGUAGUUCAAGCAAGGAGUGCAGCUGAAUAAUGUUGUCUUGGUUAGUUCUGGCUUGAUCUUGAACUGCAACAGACGACGACCAGUUUCUUUCCAGCCCAGCUAGCAACCAUAUUGGGCUUGCGCGUGUGAAAAUUCUGCUGUGCGAGGAGUGGGCACGCCGCCACUUCGUUGCCCGAUUGCUGGACCAAUCCGCAACCGGCGAAGAAGGCCAUGAUGCAAAUGGUGGCGUAGCGUUGGUAAAGACAGUGGUUUCCUCAUCCAGCUGUACGACUCAGUAGUGAAGCCUGCUGCAUUCGGUUUUGGCAGGCCAGUUGUCCACGAGAUAAGACUUUUGGAAGAUUUUGCGGUUUGACAACCUCCAGCCUAGUCGGUAGAGUGCCGGAUAUGGUGCCCUGAGAAGCUUUGAUCAGCGCCUGUGGAGUCGGCUUGUCUCAGGGUACAGUAACGAACGUGUCUUUCCCCCCACUUGUUGUCUCGAGAAACGCUUUCAUGUCGAUGGCGCAACUUCACGGACGUAAAUCCUUGUGCCCGUCGGUGGUUUCGUGGAUGCCGUUUGGGCCCGUGUAUUGGAAUGAGCGGAAAGCGAUCUCGAGGAGCAGCCUUGAUGGACCUCUGUUCCUGCACUGUUGCGAAGCCAUUUCACUCAACGUUGAGCGAGUUCUAUUAGGCUGCUGCUCCAUAUGGUCACUGCCAACUCGCGUGCGUGCGCUCGCUGUACAACAUUUUGGAGACUUGUAUGCACAGGAGCCAAAAGGUACAGAUUUGAAAUCGAAGGAUAUGGGCGCAAGCGUUGCCUCAGGAGCAUGCCUUCGAGUGGACUGGAAAUUUGCCUUCUUUGGGGAUGCUAAUAUAUACCUUGACGCGUAAUAGCUACUAACUGCAACGAAUGACCUGGUGGGUUACGAGC